GAGUACGGCUUCUCGGUUGCCGGACGCUACUACAUGGCGACGAGGAUGGAUUCAAGGCGGCUCGCCACUGGCUUCUUCGAUUGGUGCUGAAGACGGCUGCCAUGGGGCCGGCCCUGCAAUGGCGAAGUGCCACACUCGGAAUGCCCGCGCAGACCAGGCCUACUGGCACUUGUGCAGGUGCUGAAUCCAGAGAUCAUGGAGCACACCUGGACCUUCGACAGGCUAUCUUCUGCUUACGAGCGGUUGAACGUAUCUGAUGCUCGGUCUGUCAUAGGCUUCCUGCAGUCCGUGGUGCAGACCAGGAGGGAUGCCACCAGUGAUUUUUCGGUGGUCCACUGGAAGGGCGGAUUCCUCAGUACGACAGCGAACCUUGCAUUCCCUUACAAGGUUCUAGAAGUCCCACUUCCAGUCUUCAGCCUCCACAGGGCGCUACAUGUUUCAGUCCUCCACCUACAAUUGGCCAGAAUUGGUCCACGAGUCUACCAUACCUUGUACAAGGCACUGUAUUACACGAGCACCGAUUUGGCGCUGGACAACAUGACAUGGAAUCCACUUCGGUACUUCGAAACUGCGGCGGAUUGUCUCUGGGAGCAAUACUCUACUGUCGGACGCAAAGUGGCCAAUUAUUCGUCGCACUCGUCACUGCCAUCUGCAAACACAGGCCAUACUCUGGACAAUUUGUUCGAUGCCCUUGCCCUCAGCAGCAGUUUUGACGCGUAUUGGUUCUACGUCACCGCUAGACAGAAGCUUUAUCGCUUCAAAGGCAGCGAGAAUCUCGAUAUGACGCAAGCGUUCUUCGUCGAGUACGCGAGGAACUUCUGCGAAAGUCGGAAGUUGGGGCUCUUCGCUGGCGGGAGCCAACUUAGGACCUCACAGGCAACCACUCCAGCGUGGUACAAGGUCAAUGGUCCUUUGAUGAACACAAAAGAGUUUGCCAAGGCAUUCUCGUGCCCACCCGGUUCCUUGAUGAACCCACCCAGCAAGUGCCCUCUCAUACGCAAGCAUCGCUGAGAAGCAGUGGAUGUCGGUUUCUAUAGUGCGUCCAGCUUCCGUUUCCUUUUUCAUA